GGUCUCCCAUGUGUCACCCAACCUCUAAAAUCUCGCUGAAUGUGCACCCAGCUCCCUUUAGGUAACUUUUAAAAAGCGUGGACAUGUACAAACAAGCGUUAAGUUACUAAUCGGGGCUGUUUAUUUAAAUUAUCGUAGCGUAUUUAUUAUGAAUACGGUCCGUUUGAAGCUCAGGUCCUUCACACUUCUGUAUAUUAAAGGCAGAGCUCUCUCUGCUGCUCCUCCGGCUGUCACGAGCUCUUCUUUUCCUCCUCGCCGGACUGUCUUCCAGUUUUUCCGAACAAUGGCUACUACUAAUGACUGCAACACCCCGGAGACGAGACCGCCGCCGGGCCUGAAGAAGGCCAAGCACAAGGAGCCGCUGCGCCGGGUGAAAACCAAAGAGAACCGGGGCAAGCGAGGCGACGUGCACGGACCGUCCACGGUGUACCUGCAGGUGGUCGGCGCCGGGAGCAGAGACAACGCCGCGUCCCUCUACGUCUUCUCCGAGUACAACAGGUAUCUGUUCAACUGUGGAGAAGGAACCCAGCGGCUCAUGCAGGAACACAAACUGAAAGCGGCUCGGUUGGACAACAUCUUCCUGACCAGACUGAGCUGGGAGAACGUGGGAGGUUUAUCGGGGAUGAUAUUAACCCUGAAGGACACCGGCGUUCCAGAGUGCGUUCUCUCUGGACCUCCACAGCUGGAGGACUAUCUGAACGCCAUCAAGUCGUUUUCUGGCCCUCUGGAGGAGAUCAAGCUGUCGGUCCGACCGUACACUGCAGAGUCGUACACCGACGAGACGAUGACCGUUCAUCAGGUGCCGAUAUUCGCUGACUUGAGGCCCGAUGGCAGAAAGCCGUCCCCCAAGUCGGCCGGGAGCAGCCCCUCUCGUAGCCCCGCCUCCCCCGGGAGAGACGGCGUCCACGGCAACAGCAGCCGUGGAGACGGACGCAAUGACAGACGGAGAGCAACUCGAGAUAAUUCUUUGGUGGUUUCCUUUGUAUGCAAACUUCAUCCCAAGAAAGGAAACUUCUUGGUGUCUGAAGCGAAGGCGCUCGGUCUGCCCGUAGGCACCGCGGCCAUCGGCCCCCUCAUCGGAGCUCUGAAGGCCGGGAAGAGUGUGACGUACGAAGGCAGAGAGAUCCGGCCGGAGCAGGUCUGCACCCCCACUGACCCAGGACCAGUCUUCAUCAUCGUGGAGUGUCCGUCGGAGGAGUUCGUCGAAGCGGUUUGCAGCAACCAGCAGCUGAGCAGAUACCAGACGGGGGCGACGGAGGACUUGGCUGCGCUGGUGGUCCACUUGACCCCCGAGUCCGUUCUGUCAACGGACCAAUACAAGCGCUGGAUGGAGAGGUUUCCGUCCACAACAGAACACCUGAUCCUGAAUGAACAAGUCCGAACGUUCCACAACGUCCGAAGUCACAAGAUUCAGGCCCAGCUGAACGUGAUCCACCCGGACAUCUUUCCACAACUCAAGUCCUACCAAUCAACGGAGGCUCCGGCGGCGCUGCUCGUCCCCACCGUCAGAGCCGAGUGUCUGCUCAAGUUCCAGCUCAGACCCGUCAUGGAGUGGCAACGGGAGGCCGUCCCCUCCUGCAACACGGAGGAGUUCGUGAAGGAGGCUUCAGAGGUCCCAAACUUUCUGGAAGAAGUGGACAAGUGCAGGAAGAUUUGCUCCGCUGACGGCGCAGAGCUUCCUGGGAAACCAGGAGAGAAGCACCCGGAGGUGGUCUUCUUGGGGACCGGAUCCGCUCUGCCGAUGAAGAUCAGGAACGUCAGCGGCACGUUGGUGAACAUCAGCCCGAGUCAGUCGCUGCUGCUGGACUGUGGCGAGGGAACCUUCGGCCAGCUCUGCAGACACUACGGCGACGCCGUGGACGACGCCCUGUCCAAGAUCUCCACCGUCUUCAUCUCGCACAUGCACGCCGACCACCACACGGGGCUGCUGAUGUUGCUCUAUCAGAGGGAACGAGCACUGACAACGUUGGGAAAGGCGUUCAGCCCCGUCUACCUGGUGGCGCCGGUCCAGAUCAUGACGUGGCUCAACCAGUAUCACGACUACUGCGAGGAGAUCCUGGACCACAUCAACUUCAUCCCGAACAAAGUUCUGGUCGGCGGCGGCGAGAUGCCGAAGCAGAGGACGCAGUCGUUCAUCCAAGCGCUGCUGAAGGAGAACGACUUGGAGAAGUUCCAGACGUGCACCGUGCGUCACUGUAAGAACGCCUACGCCUGCAGCUUCUCCCACCGGUCCGGCUGGAAGCUGGCCUUCUCCGGCGACACCAUGCCCUGCGACGCCUUCGUGCACGCCGGAAAGAAUGCAACGCUCCUGAUCCACGAGGCCACGCUGGAGGACGGGCUGGAGGAGGAAGCUGUGGAGAAAAGACACAGCACGACCUCGCAGGCCAUCGGCAUCGGCAUGAGGAUGAACGCCGACUUCAUCGUGCUGAACCACUUCAGCCAGCGCUACGCCAAGAUCCCGCUCUUCAGCGGGGACUUCGACGACCGGGUCGGGAUAUCGUUCGACCACAUGAGGAUUUGCUUCGGGGACUUCAAGACCCUCCCCCGGCUCAUCCCCGCGCUCAAAACCCUUUUCGCCGAGGAGAUCGGCGAGAUGGAGGGAAGGCGGGAGAAGAGGGAGCUGAGGCAGCCGAGAGGAAGCGCCUUCGAGGGGCCGGCGGCGGCCGCCGUGAGCCGCGGUGCUAAAAGACACCAGCAGGAGGCGGCGACGCGCAGCGACGAGACCAAGAGGCUGAAAAGCAGCUGAGGCGGAAACAGACUUUUGAGUUAUUUUAUUUCCAUGAGUUGCUGUUUUUUUUAUUUACUUUUUUUUUUUUUUUUUGGCCUCAUGUGGUUCUCGUUGAAGAAAUAUAAAUGUAUAUUUCCUGCAUUGCGGUGUACGAAGCUGAGUUAUGAACGUAGUUUUUGUUUUUCAUUCGACAGAAUAAAGAGAUUCCACAGUUUGCUAA